CUUCCAUUUGUAGAAAGAAUACUGUACUUGUGAGUUGCUCCAAGCCUUUCCUCCACGCCUGCUUUCUGAAUUGAAUUACCCAGGAUGUGUGAUCAGACAUUCCUUGCCAUCCUGUUUGGACCAUGUGCCAAAUGCAAAAGAGAGAAACCGCUGAGGACCGUUUAUAUCAAAGCCGAACCACUGACCCUCUGCUCGCUAUGUGUGGAACUGAUGGCAACCGAAGGAUUGCAAGAGAACGAGACCCUGGCCUCGCUGAAGAAUGAAGCUGAAAGCCUCAAGGGAAAGCUGGAAGAAGAGAGAGCCAAACUGCACGACGUGGAACUGCACCAAGUGGCAGAACGUGUGGAAUCUCUUGGCCAGUUUGUCAUGAAGACAAGAAGAACACUAAAGGGGCAUGGUAAUAAAGUACUGUGCAUGGACUGGUGUAAAGACAAAAGAAGGAUUGUGAGCUCAUCUCAGGAUGGAAAAGUGAUUGUGUGGGAUGCGUUUACCACCAAUAAGGAACACGCGGUAACCAUGCCGUGCACGUGGGUGAUGGCCUGUGCAUAUGCUCCCUCUGGAUGUGCUAUUGCAUGUGGUGGUCUGGACAAUAAGUGCUCGGUGUACCCACUGACAUUCGAUAAGAAUGAAAAUAUGGCAUCAAAAAAGAAAUCUGUAGCAAUGCACACCAACUACCUCUCUGCCUGUAGCUUUACUAACUCAGACAUGCAGAUCCUGACAGCCAGCGGAGAUGGAACAUGUGCGCUGUGGGACGUGGAGAGUGGACAGCUGCUGCAGAGUUUCCAUGGCCACGGAGCUGAUGUUCUGUGUCUAGAUCUGGCACCUUCUGAAACAGGAAAUACUUUUGUGUCUGGAGGCUGUGACAAAAAGGCAAUGGUGUGGGACAUGAGAACCGGGCAGUGCAUUCAGUCGUUUGAAACUCACGAAUCUGAUAUAAACAGCGUUCGGUACUACCCUAGUGGAGAUGCAUUCGCUUCUGGUUCGGAUGAUGCUACGUGCCGUAUGUACGAUCUCCGCGCGGAUAGAGAAGUGGCCAUCUAUUCCAAAGAAAGCAUCAUUUUCGGAGCUUCCAGUGUAGAUUUCUCUCUAAGCGGUCGGUUACUCUUUGCUGGAUAUAAUGACUAUACAAUUAAUGUCUGGGAUGUCCUUAAGGGGACCAGAGUGUCUAUCUUGUUUGGCCAUGAAAACAGAGUCAGUACACUGCGUGUAUCUCCUGAUGGGACAGCGUUCUGCUCAGGCUCAUGGGAUCACACACUAAGAGUCUGGGCAUGAUCCAAUGGCACCUGCUUUUGUGAUACAGAUCUCAAUGAACCCACAAUCAAACAGGACAAGUGAUGAAGCAUGUCUACAUCAUAAACCAGUUUGCAGCUUUUUAAAUACUGCAGUCAUACAGUACAUAACUUUCCCUAAUCUAAUACUGGUAUUGACCUAAGCAUAUCCCUUAGAGGCACCUAGAUCCCAACUAAAAAACACAUUCCCCAGCACUAUUCAAAGGAAGGAUGUAAAGAUAUUUAUAAAAUUCACAGGGUUUAAAAGGGCAGGUAUUUCUAUGUUUUAGACAUGUGCAGCAUGAGACCCUGAUUGCAUGUGUCUUAUCCUAGAUCAGGACCUAGUUAAUGUGCAGGUACUAUGGGCGAAAACUCUCUUAUUAUAUCCCAUUGUGAAACCAUCUUCACACUUCACAGAAAAUUAGUCUGAAUCACACAUAGUAUUCACAUAUGUACAAUAACAUUUGUUCACUAAAAAAGUGUAAAUUUUUUGUGAAUAAAAGGAACACUCUAGAAACCACAACCACUUUAUAUUAUUAAAGUGGUUAAGGUGCCUUGUGUUCCCUGGUGUUUUCAAUAGGUCUUUAGUGUCCCAGGAGUCCAACGCUCUGCCUCUUGCUUUAGGGUAAUGUGGAGGCUACUCUGCAUUAGCCUCAAAACCUUAUACUAGCAGUAGGUGUCAUGGAUACAAUGAGGGUACUUGGCAGAAGCUUUAAGGUUAUCAUUGCACUGGUUAAUGCCUUAGUCUAUGCAGCAGAGAGGACCUGGUCUGCGGUUACCUGCAAACCCUACUCAGCGUUAAACCACAUUUUGCAGAUUAAGUACAUAAUUCAGUGUGAGUUUUUAAAAAAUAAUAUUUAAUAUUUAGUUUUGCUUCGUGAGCCCACCUGCUCUGCUUCUUCCUCCAAACCAGUAGUGUUUCUUUUUUUUUAACCAAUAUUGCAGCUAUUUACAAUGUCACCAUCUAGGUGAGUGGGAGCUGUAGGUGACGGUCAGAUGUUAACUUUAUACAGUAGACAUCUGACAGCGGAACUACCAAUCCAUGAGACGUGCUGUACCCAUAAAUCAUUGCUGUUCAGAGGUUUAUGGCAUAAGAUCAGCACUGAUAUAUAAAGUUAAAUGGCUAUCAUGAUUAACUUCCUAGUUUGAUAAGAAAGUAUUGAAGAAGAUUCAAAGCCAACUGUGAGUAGUUUUAGUAUUUUAACUUAUCGGUUUUAUGUACAUUUUUUAUAUGUUAUCUAUAUAUACUUUGCCCUAGGGUAAGUCAGUUGUCGGCUCAUUUCAAAUUAUAUUUUAGUUUAUAAACCUUCAGAAAGUACAGGUUUUUUUCAUGUUUCAAUAACUCUAUCUGAUUGUAGUAAAAGUAAUAGUAUGAAAGCAGUAGAGCAGAUCUUGUGGUUUUCCCCUGUAAUUUCCACAGUUUUUUCAGUGGGAGUUAAAAAGUGAAACUGAUUGUUUUAUAGGGAACUGUGUGUGUAUUGUUAUUUUAUUCACAUACCACUACCAAGCAUACAAUAACUAUUGUGAUACUAAAUGGACACGUAUUUGAGUUUGAUGUGAAUUGACAACUGACAUGCAAAUGUAUUUUCAAAUAUCUUAGUUGUAAAAAUACUCUAGUACUAGUGAUUUAGAGAUUUUCUGUAACUAAUAUACUAAAUUUUGCAUGUUUAGAUGUCAACACACUAUUUAGUGUCAACUGUUAUGAACUCCUUCAUGUAUAGGAAGAAAGGGUAACAUCCCUCUGCACACAGGACUUUCUCUGCACUUUAUUUGAAAAUGGGGAAAACAUAUAUUAAGCAGACGUAAAGUCGUAACCCUGGCUUUUUAACAAGAGUAUCUGCUACUUGCAGCCAGUACCAAAAUGAAAACAUAUUUUGUCUAAUGAAAUAAUAAGCAAGCUAAACUGGAACUUAAAUGACCCACUCCAAUCACUAUAACCAUUACUCACUGUAGUGCUUAUGGUGUGCCCUGGCACAGCUCCCUCCCCAUUGUAAGCUGUCAAACCGCUUUGAAUGAUCUAACCUGGGGUCUGCUGGGCACUACUAGUUCCAGACAGCUGAAAGCUAUUGAGCAGGAACAUCAGUUAGAUCUACGAAGCUGAGCCCUGUAAUGCAUGUUUUAGCUCAUUGGCUGAGAGUGUCAGGUGAUUGUUUAUGUUUAGGAGCUCCUGGCUCCCUGGCAUUAGUAGUGGAGGCCUACUUACAAUGGUGGGGUUCCAGGGAACCCCUUGCACCAUAACCACCUCAGCAAACUUUACUUGCCUUUCUCUUUCAAUACCAGAUGGAUGUAUAUAAUGCUUGUCAAGAUAUUGAACGGUAUAAAUCAUCAUAGCCUUUCCAGACACCUUUUAUCUAAGAUACUGAAAGCAAACUACAGGGGGCUGUAGUUUGCAAUAACAAGAAUUGUAAAGUGCUGAGCUGGAUAAACAGCGAUAUGUGUUCGUUCAUGACCUAAAAACAUACAAUAAAAGCCGCAAUCAAGGACAACAUGAUAAUACAAACGUGUUGUAAUAGAAUGAAGCUGCUUCUGCAGCCUUAUAUAAACACAACUAGCUCAUCCCCCUAAGUAUUUGAUUAUUGCUACUCCAUUCAUUACACUGACAGCAAACUUUACAACGAUGAUAGACAUAUUUUUAGUUCAACUUAUAUAUGGACAAAGCUUGAAAUUCCAAACAUGACUAGAAUAUUUUUUUUAUUAUUAUUGCAGUAAGUAUACAGGGCAGGAAUGAGGAGUGUUUGUUUUUAAAGGCCAACAGGAUUUCAGACAGAACCUAGCAUGUUUCUCUGUUAUAUAUAUAUAUAUAUUGCUACCUGUUUGAUUAUAUGUUAAUUAUUGAAAUCCUAGUUUUAUAGCACAUGUAUUACCCCCAAACACCACUGAAUGUUAGAAUAAAAACACUACAGAACUCACACUAUUGAUUUUAAGAGGAUUUUACCGGUAGAUCAGGAUGAUGAUGAGUAAUAGGACUAGACAUCUUUAUUUCUCUUUGCAAGUUACAUGUUUUGAGUGCGUAGGAUUUUAAUGUGUAAUCUUCCCAUUGUUUUGUUUUAGGAGAUUUUUCCACUUUUAAGCUAUUUGUUUUUAGUCCAGAAUGUAUAUGGCAUGGUGACCCUGGACACAGUUUGUUAGGAUGUCACAAAACCCAUUGUGCAAAUGAGAUCAUGGAAAAUAUAUUAUAAUUCAGUGAAAAGGCAUUUUUCUUCAUACUUUUAUUUAUGUUUAAUUAUUUACCAAAAAAAUGCAUUAAUAAAUUAAAAUAAGAUAUAUAUGCAAAAUACAAGACGUCAUCAAUUUAUCCUGUGAAUUUUUACUGACUAUUGUUUGGCAUAAUUGGCACUCACAGGUAUCAAACCUACGUGUCCUCCUAGUUGCUGACUGUGCAGCCCUGCUAAUGAAAACCCUGUGGCUUCUGAGAAAUGGCCUAUUUAUAUCUUUCAGUGUCAAUGCCAACUAAUAGGCUUGACAAAGACCCUGAGGUUGGGUCGAAAUGUUGCCGGUUCCACACAGGUGGAACAAAUCUCUUUCAACUUAUUUUUUUUUUUUCUACUAAUAGUUGUCAGCCAGACAGUCACUAGGAGCUCUAGGUAGGAGAAUAUUUAAAUUUGAAAUUACUUUGUUGUUCAUUGCCAGCAUGUAAAGUGCCUUGGUAUGAGAAGCAUUAGGUUCAAUAGUUCUCAUUGAGAUCUGAAAGCGUGAUUGCAGUAACCGUCACUGCCAUGCACCAAGUGUCAUCAAUGCUUCUAAACGAGAAGCAUCAGAUUAAAAAAAAGUUACUGGUAGGAGGAUGCAGUUGCAGUGAGGAGUCAGUCCCAGCACCACCACUGUAAUAAUGGUAAGUUUAAUGGCAUUUUACAUUUUUUAAGCAAACAAAAAAUGAAUGCCAAUGAAUUUAAAACGAGUAGCAUAUUGCUUGUUUUUUUUAAUUUGCAUUUGGGCAAAUACAUAACAACUGCUCUCUUACUAAAUUUGGUAUUGCUAUUUAUUUUAUAGGUUUAGUAUAGCAUACAGCACUGCAAAGUAUGUUGGCACUUUGUAAUUAGAUUAUAUUGUAAUGUGAUCGCAUAGCCGAAAGCAAUUAACCAAAUAGAAUCCUGAUUCAUGUGUUUACUUGAAACAAAUUACUUGAUAAAGUAAGAUUUAUGUUAGUUAUAGUGACAAUUAUGGAUCAUAUUAUCGUCAAUCCUUUACGCCAGGGCUGACCAGAAGGUAGAUCCCCAAAUGUUUUACGAAUUUAGUUUCCAUGAUGUUUUGUCAUUCUAAAGGCCCGCAAAGCAUCAUGGGAGUUGUAGUUCUACAUCUGGGGAUUUACAUUUUGGGCACCCCUGCUCUAAGCACACAGUGGUCAUGUUAUUCGUAGCAAUGGAGAUAGGCAGCAUGAAUCGUUAUGUAGCUAAUACUAGGUGAAACAUUUUCCACUUUGAAUAAAAUAAUGUAUUAGAUUAGGUUGAAUCCAUUAUACAUACUGAUAUUUAUAAAUAUAUAUCUCGUAGCUUUUGCAACACAAAAAUAACAUUGAAAUGUGUCAGAUACUAUUACAAUGACCUGAGAAGUUGUGUGUCUCUGCAGAUCAUUUAACACAUGGCUGUAAUGGAACCAUUUACAAGCUGUAAUACUAUAUUUCAGAUGAAGUGCUGUCUAUUGCAAAUAUUUAUUUCAGAGGCAGAAAUGUAAGUAAAUAAAUGUUUUAUUGUUUUAGUUUAUUGCAUGAAAAAAAACAAAAACCACAGUAAUAUAGUCUGGCAGAAUAUAUAAUAAGACAAAACAAAACAAUGUUCUAGGAAAAACAAAAUUCACUAUAUGUGGCAAUUUGGGUAAAAACUAAUAAUCCAAGGGCUGUAUGCAUUAAGAUCUGUUAUAAAUACGUUAUAAAACAGUACUGGGCAUACUAACAUUGGGAAAGAUUGUCCACAAGGACAUAAGCGCAUUACUACUGAUGAUUACAUAAGCAGACUUCAGUAGUAGUCUAAAUCAGUGCUCCUCAACCCUCUCCUCAAGGCACAUCUAACAGCCCAGGAUUUAGGGAUAACCAGCGUGUGUCUAAGUCAAUGAUGACUAACCUUGACACCAUAAAUUGUUUCUGAACUACACUUCCCAUGAUGCUCAGCUAGCUUUUAGACUCUAAAAGCUAGCUGAGCAUCAUCGGAAAUGUAGUCCAUAAACAAUUUAUGGUGUCAAGGUUAGCCAUCACUGGUCUAAGGUGUUUUAAAAAAACAAAACUAAAAACACCUUUUUCUAAACACCUUAGACACACGCUGGUAAACCAUAAAUCCUGGACUGUUAGAUGUGCCUUGGGGAGAGGGUUAAGGAGCACUGGUCUAAAUAACCAAAUCGAUAGCAAUCUAGCAAUCUGUAAUUAUUCCAAAUAUUGGCAAGGGUAUUCACUAAACUGUAAAAUUGUCAAGAAUUCAAAGUGAAUGUAAAAUUGUAGGCCAAAAUAGCCAUACUAAAAUCAUAGCUUUUUUCCCCCCCAAUUCUACUGUUUUGACACAAAAUUGUAAUUUCCAAACUUUAUUGAAAUACCCUGUCAAUGUUUAAAAAUAAGUGUAUAAACGUUAACAUAAAAGUAAACCAAGCGUAUAUUAAUGGCUCAAACCCACUCUUUGAGUUUCCAUGACAAGUAAAUAUCCUGGUGGUCUGAGGGGGAUGUAGAUUUCUUUAUUUGAGUUUUUGUAUAAUGUCACAUUAACACAUAGUAUGGUUAUUUUUGUGAGUCUGUUGAAAUCAGAAAUAAGCUAUUUGUAUUUAUUCAGCUGUUAAUGAACUACAUAUCCCAUGAUUCUCUACAUGUGCUGAGCAGAACUACUAAAGAGCCUGUAGCUCAGAGUUGUAUUGUGUCUGUCUCUGGCAUUUCAUUUAGUCACAGUAAGAUCUGAAAAUGGCUGACAUCAGUGCUUUGAAAUGGUCCCAUGUGAACAGGAAAUAUUUCACAUAGAAUUGUAUUCCAGUCCUGACAUUUGAUUGAGAAUUGUGUCCAUUCUCACAGAACCAUGUUACACUGGUCUGUAAAGACUAAUUAUUAAGGAUGUGGAAAAAAGUUGUUUAAAUGAAGGUUAUUCAUAAAUGUACUGGUUCUUGGAGUGAGACCGUUGGCGGCUAUAUUGCUGAUGAAAUAAUGAAUAUGGUAUACUUUUGUUUUUUGAACAUUAGAGUGGAUAUACUGCCAUUGAAAACAAACAGCUGCCGUCAAUAGGUACUGAACAUUAACAAGUCACAUGAUCGCAAGAACAUUUUGUAUAUUUAAUAUCUCAUUGAAACAACUGUAUUAUAUUAGCUUAUCUACAUCUUCAUUUAACAUGGUUUGUGUGUCUUGUCCAAGGUAUGGUAUUGGUUACUGGAUUCCAUAGCACAUUAAAUGGAUAUUUCAGAAGAAUAUUAAUAUUCAAUUAUAAAGAGGAAAUAGUUUUGCAAAAAGUUUUGCACAGAUGUAAAACUGGAGGAGUCACCAACGCAAUGUGCCUGGUGACUUCACUGGUUUCCAUGGUGACAGUUUGAUACAUCUCCCCACAGUUCUCUAAGGAAUUUUGAAGCUUUACAUUAACAGACACUCCAGGCAUCAGUGGUGCAAGAAUUCAUCAGAUAAACACAAUGGUAGGCAACCAUCGGCACUCCAGAUGUUGUGGACAACAUCUCCCUUGAUGCUUUGCCAGCAUUAUGGAUGUACGAGUAAUAUGGGAGAUGUAGUCCACAACAUCUGGAAUGAGGAAGGUAGCUUACCCCUGAUUUUAAAACAUUCUACAGUUUUUUUGGACUACACUUCCCAUGAUGCUCAGUUAGCUUUUUUUUCUGCAUAUUUCUGCUAUUUUCAGGCUUCUUGUAACAAUGCAUUGACCUAUGCCUCCAUCUUCCAAUAGAAAAUGAAAGAUUUCCAAAUUAACUUACAACUAUAGGAACCCUUGCUGCUCAAUAGUUUUCAAGACGUUUACACUACACGCUGUUUCUCAUUCAUAGUUUACAUAAACCUACUGCCUCACGGUUACUAAGUAGCAAUGAGAAAUUCCCUGUAGAUCAAGGUAGAUGUCAGAAGGUAUAUUGUAUUAUUAUUAUUAUUAUCCAUUUUCAUUAUAAUAUAUAAAGUGCUAACCUCACUAUUGAACGUGAAAUGAACGCAAAUUUACACAUCACGUGCGUUUAAACACUUUUCUAUGAAAUGUAGGCAAAUGCCAAGAACUGUAUUGCACUACGAAAUACCCUGCUAGGUUAAUUUAUUUUGUGUUCCGGCACUGUUGUAUAGAAAUAUUUCCAAUAUGUUAACUCUCUGUUCUUAUAUUUGUAUUAAACCUGUUAUAUGUGACACAGUCUUAGAUAUGUCUAUAAAUAAAUAUUUUACAACAGAA